AGGUCACCACAGUAGAAGGUAUCCUGGCUCGAGCUAUAUCGGGGCUGAUGCAGGACCAGGAAAAUAGGAAAGCAGAGCACCCUGAGGCCGCCGCAAAGAUUGAAGCUUUUGUGGGACGCCUGCAAGCGCUUAAAACUCUAGACACACCAUGGACAUUAAUACUUGAAGAUAUUAGUGGUAACUGCUACAUCGAGAAUCCAGAAGCACCGAGCAAGGAUCCGCGCUGCGAACGGACCGACUUCAAAAGGACUAAAGAACAGAAUCAUGUUCUUGGCAUAUUUACAUCGGAUGAGGUUAAUGAAGCGACCAACGGUGAAGCGGGUCAAACCACCCCGGAGAUCGGCUCGUACGACAGGAUGGUCACGGACGAGGUGCUGCAGUUCAAAACUAACUGUCCAGACUGCAACGCCCCCGCUGAUACCAACAUGAAGUUGACCAAGAUCCCACAUUUCAAAGAGGUGGUGAUCAUGGCGACAGUGUGCGAUGCUUGCGGCCACCGGACUAACGAGGUGAAGUCAGGUAGCGGGAUAGAAGACAAAGGAGUGAAGUACGAAGUAAGGAUAGCCAGCAAAGACGCCUUCUCCAGGGAUAUCCUGAAGUCGGAAACGUGCAGCAUGCAUAUCCCGGAGCUGGAUAUGGAUGUGGGGGGUCGAGCUUUAGGGGGUCGGUUCACAACCACCGAGGGCUUGCUGCAGGCCGCUGCACAUCAGCUGAAGAAUGGUGUCAUAGGGGAUGCGCCAGCCAUAGCACAGGAGAAGUUGGAGGGAUUCCUGCAGAAGCUGGACGAGGUGUUGGAAGGCAAGAGGUCGGUGACCUUGAUCUUGGACGACCCAGCUGGAAACUCCUAUGUGCAGAGUCUGUCCGAUGACCCGAGCCAACCUGAUGAUGGUCUAAAGGUACACCGCUACGAGAGAACAUAUGAACAAAACGAUGAGUUAGGACUCAACGACAUGAAGACUGAAGGCUAUUGA